UACGGCAUGUCUAAUAUAAGAUAAUUAGUGCCGCUGAAUUGUAAGCGUUACCAUUUGAAGAGCUCGCGCCGAAGCGUAAUCAUCAAGAGCUUGGAUGCAGCUGUUCGAGGCUGACUUGUCCACAUGGUGUGCUCGGCUGGUGCUAUUUCCACGUCAAUUACGGGCCACGUGGUAACCAAUAUGCCCUGAAGGAUGACCAUAUCCCACCCUUCAAGAAAGAGGUUGCUAUACAUUUCCACAACAGUUCUUUUUCUCAGUGUCUGCAUCACUUCCACGGUGGGCUUUAUACCAGACCCUGGAAGGUACGAGACACCACAGGAAGCUGUUGAAUACGUGGCUUGGAGGGCCCUCAAUGAAGGACGACCUCCUUGUGUUACAAUCCGUCCUUUAGGUAUCAGCUUGUUCUGCGUCAUGGGCCACUGCACUUAUGACAGGACCGGGCGGUCCCUGUGCAAGUGUGAUGACAAUUUCACUGGCCUAACGUGUUCUGUUUAUGUUGGGAAAUGUACAUCUCCAGCAUUAUGUUACCCCCAUCUUUGUCAAGAUGAUCCAAGCAGAGAUCUCGGCUUCAAGUGUGUUUGCAACGAGGGUUACUAUGUACCAGAUGAUCCUAAAGCAUCAUUCUGUGCAAAAAACGAAACUGUGAUGGACAAUGUUGAAAUCACCGAAAGCAUAUCAGCACCUGAAGAGACUUCAGAACUGUCGGAACAGACACUAGCGCCUGCGACGGAAGAAUACAGUACACACAAUGAAACGCCUACUCUGAAGCAGAUGGGCAGACUAAAUUGGAAGCGGGACAAUAUUUCGGGUACGGGUGUUCUAUGUGCAAGUUCAGAUUUCCUGAUUUGCUUCAUAGAGCCCAAAGAAGAAAAUAAGGAUAUGGACGCCCUGUUUAAGAGAGCCUUGGAGAAAAUAGUGAGAGAAAAGCAAUUCAGGAACGAUUCAGGAAAUGCUUCCCUAAGUGUCAGCAUACCCCUGCCGACGACCCAAGAAGUGAAUAGCAGAGCAGACAGCAUUCAUGUUGAGCAUGACAACAUGCAGCAGCAGGACAACAUUAAGAGAGAAGCACAUCUUUCUCGUGUAUCACCAGAAGAGAAAAUGAAGGUUGUCAGAAACCACAAGAAAGGAGUCUUUUUCAUGCAAAGAAGAGCUGCUUCAACAUAUCGAACAUUAGAAAAAGAAAUUGCUGAUAACGUUCUCACCAAGGACCCUAAUCCUAUAAAUCAUAUUAUACAAGAUAACAGAGAAGUUGAAGAACAGAAACUGAAGGACGCGGUCUCUGACACUCUUUUAAAUGAUGGAACAAAAGGCCCAAAGAUGCCAAUGCCAGGCAGAGCUAUGCAGAGCUCGAAGGCAAUGCUUGUGGAAAACCCUUUACAAAACCAAGAAAAUGCAUACGCACAAUACCCGAAUCUAAUGAGCGUAUCACAAAGUCAGCCUCACUCAGAAGUGCACGCUGUUGGUAUUGAAUCCAGUGAAGCUGUUCAGAAACACCACCAUAUAGAUAAACACGCCGACUUUGAAACAGCAGAUGAUAUAAUAGCUGACUUGAAGCACACAGUUCAAACGUCGGAACACGAUAGGGUCAAUGGUACAAAUUCCUCGGGCAUUAGUAAUUUGAGUUAUAGGAUGGCCAGCUUUGUGCAAGCUCAGAAUGAAAGUAGCCUCAAAAACAGGAAUGCUUUGAUUACAAUGGUCGAAAAGGCCAGGGAUGAACAUGCUACUGGAGGAACAAAUGGGACACAUCCAGUGAAUGAUGCUGAAACCUCAGUUUCAUCACAUAAAGCCAACAGCUGGAACACCAGUAGCGAAGACAGUACAGGAAAACUGGAAGCUUCAGAAACCAAAGAAGACCGCGACCCAUUAAUUAAAACACCAAUGCUACAAAGUGUGGGAAAUAGUGAGACAAAAAUUCUGACUCUAUCAGAAGCACAUCCUGAAGGAAGCCAAGAAGGAAGGUCAUAUUACAUUUCGAAAGUGGAAAGCAGCUCUCAAAUACUUCAUCCUCCGAAAGGACAGCCAGAGGAAAAGAUUCACGAGUUACAGCAAACACGAUUAGGUGCCAUCGUGCACCAUAGUAAGCUAGGAGGGACAAUGAUGAAAGUCAGCAGUAAAACACUUGCACUUGGUGCUGAAAGACAAAGUGGCUUCAGAACUGUGAAAGGAAAGAGUCAAGUACCUUUGCUUCUAUUUAACGUCACAGUACUGGGAGACAGUAAGAACAAUACAUCUCACUAUUUUUUUCCAGCAGAAGGUACCAAGGGUGUGUUGAUAACAUGGGACAUCUAUAGACCUUAAGCAAGAUGAGUGUACUAUUCCAUGAGCAUUGUUAUCUUGUUUUAUUGUACUCAUUAUGCUAUUGAAUAUAUGUGUUAUCUUAGUACCUUGAA